CCAAACCCUAGCCAAACAUAUAAACUCUUCUUAUUCUUCAUCAAAACCUCCACUUAAGCUAGGGUUAGCAUUUGCAGAGCUUCAGCCACCGCAAAAAUUUCGUUGCGUAUCUGCUAGCUUCGAGCAAAACAACAUUAUCGAAAAUGGCGACAACUCAAAUGAGCAAGAAGAGAAAGUUUAUCGCCGACGGAGUUUUCUUCGCUGAGCUUAACGAGGUUUUGACGAGAGAGCUGGCCGAGGAUGGAUACUCCGGCGUUGAAGUUAGAGUCACUCCUAUGCGUACUGAGAUUAUCAUCAGAGCUACGCGUACACAAAACGUUCUCGGUGAGAAGGGUAGGAGGAUUAGGGAGCUGACCUCAGUUGUGCAGAAGAGAUUUAAAUUUCCUGAUAACAGUGUUGAGUUAUAUGCUGAGAAGGUCAAUAACAGAGGUCUUUGCGCUAUUGCUCAGGCCGAGUCUCUUCGCUACAAGCUUCUCGGGGGUCUUGCUGUUCGUAGGGCCUGCUAUGGUGUAUUGAGGUUUAUUAUGGAAAGUGGUGCCAAGGGAUGUGAGGUGAUUGUGAGUGGGAAGCUUAGGGCACAGCGUGCAAAAUCCAUGAAGUUCAAGGAUGGAUACAUGAUUUCAUCUGGUCAGCCUGUUAAGGAUUAUAUUGACUCUGCCGUGAGACAUGUCCUUCUUCGACAGGGAGUCCUUGGUAUCAAGGUCAAGAUUAUGCUCGAUUGGGAUCCUAAGGGUAAACAGGGCCCAACAACUCCUCUACCUGAUGUGGUGAUAAUCCAUCCUGCCAAAGAGGAAGAAGAGUACUUGCGAUCCCCAGUGAUGGCAACUGAGAUUGAGGUUCCGGUUGCUUAAGUAGCUUGGGUUCUUUGUCCUUAAUUGAUGUUAUUAUUCGCCUUAUUUAGAGUGUUCUACUUUUGCUGUUUGUAAUGUGGAGUACACUAGGCUUUUGCACUCUUUGAUACCUUUUCCAAAUGAUACUCAAUUUUGUUAA